AUGGAACGAUUUGGAGUGAAGUCUGCUCCAUCACGUAACCGCUCAAAGACUGCUUUGUAUGUGACUCCUCAGGAUCGCGUAACUGAGUUUGGCAGUGAGCUGCACGAAGAUGGAGGAAAACUCUUCUGUACUUCCUGCAAUGUGGUUCUGAAUCACGUUCGCAAGUCUGCUAUCAAUGACCACCUCAAGUCUAAAACACACACAAAGCGAAAGGCAGAGUUUGAAGAACAGAACGUCAGGAAGAAGCAAAGGACUCUGACUGCCUCCCUUCAGUGCAACAGUACUGCCCAGACAGAGAAAACCAGCGUCAUCCAGGACUUUGUGAAAAUGUGCCUGGAAGCUAAUAUUCCGCUUGAGAAGGCUGAUCAUCCUUCUGUGCGAGCCUUCCUGUCCCGCUACGUCAAGAAUGGCAGUUCGAUACCCAAGUCAGACCAGCUAAGGAAAGCAUACCUGCCUGAUGGGUAUGACAAUGAGAACCAGCUCAUCAAUACUGAAGACCGUUGAGAAGAAAACUUUUCAUCAUCGUUGUGAAGUUUUACAUAUUGAUGGUGUGGUUUAUUUUUAUAUUCAUGCAUAUAUACAGUGUUACAUAUUGGUUUUUGCAAGCUAUUUUGUAUUAUUGUAGAAAUGACAAUCUAUUUGUGAACUUAGUGGUAUGCCACAGACUGUUGCUAACCCUGCAACCCUGCUGUAGACAUCAGAGCUACAUUGAUGUAGAACUCAUGAUGAAUGUAGGGAACAUACCUGGCAUACACCUUCAGUCCAGCUGUAACUGACGCUAAGAAAAAGGCACUUGGAUGGAGGACCUCACUUACCUAAACUGUGCAUCUGAAUAUACAAGGAAGAUGAUGCGGUAGGGAUUGUUAAUCAUGUCAGUGGAUUGCUUUGUCCAGUAUCCUCCUGUCCAUGGGUGACUAAGAAGAAUUGCUGCACAUU